AUGGCCGAUGCCAUGGCGUCCAACACUCCGAGUACUUUUAAUCAUGAUCUCUCGGCACCUGAUCCUCAGUUUGAGUCUCUGAUAAGUCGAGCUCUGGACAAUUUCUUCCGCCAUGUUCAUCACAUUCCCAUGCUGUCCUUCCUUCAUCGAGCUUCUCUUAUGCAGCGGCAUAAUGUUGGCGGCCUAGACCGUCCGCUGCUGCUGGCUCUCAUUGGCAUCACGAGCAUGCUCACUGACCUUGGGCCGGGAACGAGAGAGUAUGGCGAGAAAUGUAUUGACGAGUCUGAGGGACUCAUUUUGAAGGGCCUCGAGAAUGCGUCAACGAUCAAAGUGCAGACACUAGCUCUCAUAAUCAAGUAUCGCAUCUUGACACGACGCUUCUCAAGCGCAUUUAUGCUUGCUGCCACAGCGGCUAGAUUCGCCACGGCCCUCCGACUCAACUACGACAACCCGGAUCUGUGCUUCCUCGCUCAGGAAUCAAGACGCCGUCUGAUGUGGGCAUUGUUCAUGAUUGAUCAGGGUAUGGCCGGAGGAUACCGCGAUCUCACCUUGUGGACGCCAGAGACGAUUCAUAUUUCGCUCCCAUGCAACGAAAGAGACUUUGAGUUCGAUCUUGCGCCGCCGUCAUUACGACCGCUGGUCCCAAGUCCCGAUGAGUCCGAGAACGACGAUAUUGGCAGCUUAGCAUUACACGUGCGCAUUCUCUGGCUUCGCGGUAGAAUCCUCAAGUUCGCCAAGCGAGCCUCCAAUUGUUCCAACGACGACCUUGGCCGACUCCAGGAACAACUCCAGUCGUUUGCAAAGGAGCUCUCGGACUUUGCUGAGCGGUUGCCCGUGUCGUUCCGCUGGUCCGACAACAGCCUGCGGUUGAGAGCAUAUUCUCCACGUCUUUGCGUCUUCAUCAUGAUCCACGUCUGGUUGCGGCAGUGCAACUGCGAUCUCUUCAGGAUAGGACUUGUUGGGCUUCGCGAUUCUUUGACUCGGUCAGCCGCCGAACGGCUGGGUCCCGAGUUCAUCGCCGGUUGUCAGCGCCAGUGCUACGAGCAUGCGAUGGAAAUGUCAAAUAUGUUCACCUCCAUCAGGGCGUUGGACCAUUACCCCGUUGCGGACCUAGAUAUGCCGGUAUGCGCGUACCAGUGUAUCCGCAUGCUUUACUAUAUUUACCACCUGAACGCGGAAGAGUACGGUCUUACGCCUGAGAUCCUUCGUAAAAAGGCUUCAAUUUGUCUUGAGCAAGCCGACCUUCAACGACUCAUGGACCACGGUCUCUCGAUACAGGCUACCCCUAGUCGGCUGCUUAGUGAAGAGCCCCAGGACGAAAGAAACGGCAACGGUGCCAAGCGCAUCCGCCUUGCUCGCGCGAAGCAGGUACAGUUGGCGGAUGACCCAGAUAGAGGCGCGCCGGCGGCCGACGAGCUCACCAAUCGACCAUUUGGCAUUGGGGCAUGGGAAGAUAUACAGGUUCCCGAAUCCAACAAGCCAGACGAGCAGGCACCUAUGCCACCACAGCCCACAGCGCUCGGCUCACUGGAGGUCAACAAUGCAUUCGAGGGAGCACUUGACAGUCUCGAUUUCAACAUGGAACCCAUGGGUUUGGAUUCCUUGGCAUGGUUCUCGAAUGAGUGGGCACAAGGCGAUUUCCAGGGCGAGUUCUAG